GGGCAGGUAGGAGGGGCUGCCCGGGCGGGAGGGUACGGCAGCGGCAGGCGGCUCGGCGGGACCCUCGGGGAGGGCUGCCCGGGGCGAGGGAGUGGCUCAACCCGCACUCUGCCGCGCACGCAGCCACGGGCUCCCUCUGGAGCGGGAGUCGGGCGCGGCCUAGGGGAGAGCCGGCGGCGGGAACCCCUUCCCCGGCCGGGCCGCUCCGCUCCGCUCCGUGCCGCCGGUCACCUUUUGGCUGAGAAUUGUUAAUUCCCAUGACAUGGUACACUGAGCUUGAAUGUGAAAGCAUGAGGCAAAAUUUCAUAUGGCAGUUGCUUCUGUGCUGAGGGAUUAGUUUAAUCUGAAGCUGCUUCUGCUGGUGCUGGAUCUGCACAUGAUCAGUGUUCACAACGUGAAUGAAUUAAUCAAGAAGCAUGGUGAGAGUACUUUCUAACAGUAGAAGAGCAGGAGUCUAUAGCAGAACUGCUCUUUGCUGAAAGCUGUGGAAAGUUCUGUAGCACUUUUAUACAAUGCUUAAAUUCCAGACAGGGGGCCAAUGAAAUAUAAGUCAAGAGUGUCCUCGGUGUCCUGUGGUCUGCAAUAUCACCACUCAUCAAUAAAGUGGAGCCCAAAAAUGAAUUUACACAUAGUGAGGACUUACUGCUCCUCGGCACCCAAGAGGCCUGAAGCCAAAUCUGCCGUGGAAGUGGCCGUGGGUCUCCUCAAUCGGCUGACAGAAGCUGGGACUGUUGUGGGAAAAAACUCCCUGAAAAAAGUAUCUGCAACGUGCAAGACUUGGUGGGACAGAUAUGAAGAGUUUGUUGGGAUUAAUGAAGUUCGAGAGGCUCAGGGAAAAGUAACAGAGGCUGAAAAUAUCUUUAUGGUAGCUCGAGGGAUAGUACGAGAGGCUCGUGAAAAUGUAGAAGCACAACAGAUUAAACUGAAGGAGAUUCGGGACCGCUUAGACAGGGUUUCUCGGGAUGACACCCAGUAUUUGGAACUGGCUACUCUGGAACACAGGUUGCUGCAGGAAGAGAAGAGGUACCGAGCUGCCUAUUUAAAUGCAGAAGAAUCUGAGAGAGAAAAGUUCUCUCUCUUCUCUGCAGCUGUAAGGGAAAGUCAUGAGAAAGAGCGAACAAGAGCUGAAAAAACAAAGAACUGGUCUAUUAUUGGUUCUGUACUGGGAGCCAUUAUAGGUGUUCUUGGUUCCACCUAUGUUAAUCGAGUAAGGUUGCAAGAAUUGAAAGUCUUGGUGCUUGAAGCACAGAAGGGCCCAAUAAAUCUGCAAGAAGCCAUCAAAGAACAGGCCUCCAGUUAUUACGUACAGCAGAAGGACCUCAGUGACGUCAUAGCAGACCUGAAAAACAUGCUGCAAACAAGGACAUCACAGGAAAUAAAAGAAGGCAUUUUGUUAACUAAAGACAGGAGUGACUCCAUAAAAAUAGAUUCUCUUUUAAAGCCUUUAAAUGAACAGCUAAACUACACUAAACAAGUCAGCUCCUGUCUGGAGAGUUUACAACAGCAGUUUAACAGCCUGCAGGACAGUAUAGCCCGAAUGAUUUCUGAGCUGCAGAGUGUUAAACUUGCAGUCCAUUCUAGACCUGCAGAAAGAGUGGUGCCAAGGUCUUCAGGGGAGGGUAAGGGGCAGGCUUCUGCUGUCAGAGAUGUGAUUUUGGAGUUGUGUGAUACCGAGCAGAGACUGGAAGCACAAAUCAAGAGAAAUUCUAUUUACAGCACCGCAGUGACAUGUGCUAUGUUUGCAAUUACCCUGCCAGUACUCUAUAUUAUACUUAAAGGGAACUGAUCUAUAGUUAAUUGCCACUCUUUAGUAGGUUAAUAAAAGUAAACUUGCACUCUGCAUACUUAGAGUACAAGUCCAAAUGAAGUUGUGUUAGCAUUUCUUGUUAUGCUUUCUCCUGUAUACUUGGAAAACUUGUGAAGACUUAGUCCAUCUACUUCUGUAGCCUCCAUGUUAACAGUCUCUGUCAUACAUUGGGUUUUUUAACUCCUCAUGUAAAGAAAAUUCUAGUUUCAUCUCUUGAUUUCAUUCACUGUUUCACUCUUUUACUGUCUAUUCUUAACUAUCAUGCUGGUCAGUGACUUCCACUGUGGAACUGUAUUUGUGAUUUUCUGUUCAAAUGAUUCUUUUCAUCUAUCACUGAUAUACGUGUUUCAUGUGUAAUCCUUUAUAAUUUUGCUCUGGUUUUCUUCAUAGUUUUGCAGAUUGUCCAUAUGCAAAACUGGUAGAAAUAUUUGCCUGGAUUUUUUUUUUUUAAUUCUGUAUACAGUGCAGUGCCUUGCAACAUGACAAUCAACAGGACCCAUCUCAGUAAGGAGGAUUGAAGUUAGCAUGAUACAGUGUGGCUGCAUAGGCAGGUGAUGCAACUUAAAUGUAUUUUAACUGCUUGUGGUAACAUCUCCAUAGGGUGGUUUGUUGUGAAGCAUCCAGGAGCAUUUCUGGAGCUGCCACUAUUUGUUACUGAUACUUCCAUGUCCUUGCUUGCAGGCAGGGACAGGUUGAAAAGGGUUCAGGUACAGAGAUGUAUAAAGUAUGAUCAUGAUUAUUAUACCAAUGGAAGCUAAUUAUCCUUUCUCUACAGACUCCUUAACCCAUCACUUCCUAGUUAUUUUGUGGGUUUAGUAAUCAUAUAUGGAGCAGUCACUUUCCUAUCUCUGACAUUAUCUCAUUGGAACUGCCUUUGGGUUUUUUGGUUGUUUUUUUUUCAGUUUUGUCCUGUCUGGAAAUAGAAAUGCUGUUCUACAGCAGAUGCUUUUAAACCAGUGCAUUAAUCAUAAUAGCAUUGUGCAAAGUACUCCAAAAUAGUAUUUGGAAAAAAGUGAAAGGUCCAGCUCCCUGUUUUUCCUGGAAGGUGAAGAAUGGUUGAUUGAGCAAAAAGGCUUGUCUGAACGGCUAAACAUCAGUAUCUGUGUGUGGCCUCACACAGAGUUGUUGGUAUCACUGUGAUAAGGAGUAGUUUUCUCCAUGUGAUGGUACCAGAUAUGCAAAUCAGAUGAGGAACUCCUGCUUUAUGAGCACUCUGUGGAACCUUCACAGACAAAGGAUGACAAACUCACUUUAUGCUGUAAUGCCUUUGUGUAAGCAUUUCAGAAUGACUAAAUCGUGUUUAGCAUCCAGUCUGCUGUGGUGGUUGUUUGGUUUUUGUUUGGUUGGUUUUUUUCUAUUGGGUCUUUCUAGUUCUUUCUGCCCAGUAACCAUGUUAGAAGAGUUUGAAGUUUUGACUAUGAGCUCCUAAGGCUGUAAGGUCUUUGGGACAGUGACAUUUGCUUGAUAAGGCACCAGCUUCACUUGGCUCUAUCAUUAGGUGCUCUUAUAACGUGACAGAAUAAACAAACACUAUUAGGGAAGGUUUAUGGUAAUUCACUAAUUUUAAGGAAGGUGAAUUAUGCAAGAAGUGGUUUUGGGAAAGACCACUGCUGAUUUAUAGAUAGCUUGUUUGGAGUGUAAAGUGAAUAAAAAGUACUUGUCAGGGAAGCUGUCUGAUCUGAUGGCUGGAGAACUGGGAUUCACAUGCACUUCUCUGCCUCAAGAAGUAUACUGUACUUACAGAUCAAUACACUUUCAAAUCUGAAAUAUUUCAGUGUCUCUUCACAGGUGUUUUUACAGGUUGUGCUUCUUGCAGGAGCUUGAUGAAAGUCAGAUAAAAGUGUAAUUAAAGAAGAAGGGAUAGUACAAUGGUUCUAUUUACUUUGCUAGAAUUAGUCACUGAGAAUUUUGUUCUGGUUUGGUUUUAUUAUUUUCCUCCAAUUUAACUGCGUAAAGUUAGGUCCCCUUAUUGUGUAAGCUGCUGAAUAUUAGGCAGCUAAACUUGAAAGUUUCAGCACUCACUGAAUUGUACUUGGCAGCAUCAAAAAUGAGCAAAGGUGCAAGGCUAAGCUUGUCUACAGAAAAUAAAACAAUACAGAACCAA